AUUCCUUUCUCUUUUUCCAGGUUAGGCCCUGACACCCCGUCCCCUCAAGUCCUUUUGCCCUUGCCUUCGUCCUCUUGAGGCCAUGCCCCUGGCCCGCAGCCUGUCAGUGACCUCCCUAUCUGGGUUAGAGGACUGGGAAGAUGAACUCGACCUGGACAACGCCAUUCUUUUCGAAGUGGCUUGGGAGGUGGCCAAUAAAGUUGGUGGGAUCUUCACUGUUAUCCAGACGAAAGCCAAGAUUACACUGGAUGAGUGGGGUGAGAAUUACUUCCUGAUUGGACCUUACCUGGAAUUGAAUGUGCGCACACAGGUGGAGCUGAUAGAACCCCCCAACCCUGCCAUUCGCCGAACCAUUGACUCCAUGAACACAAAAGGAUGUAAAGUUUACUUUGGUCGCUGGCUUAUUGAGGGGGGACCAUAUGUGAUUCUCAUUGAUAUUGGGGCAACUGCUUGGAGCUUGGAUCGCUGGAAGACUGAAUUGUGGGAAAGCUGUUCCAUUGGGAUUCCCUGGUAUGACCGAGAGGCCAAUGAUGCUGUCCUGUUUGGCUUCCUCACAGCCUGGUUUCUAGGGGAGUUUGCUGCACAAUGUGAAGAAGAAAAGCCAUUCAUCAUUGGUCAUUUCCAUGAGUGGUUGGCUGGCGUUGGCCUCUUCCUCUGUCGGAUCCGGAAGCUUCCAAUAGCUACCAUCUUCACCACCCAUGCCACCCUGCUUGGCCGUUACCUGUGCGCUGGCAGUGUGGACUUCUACAACAACCUACAGAAUUUUAAUGUGGACAAGGAGGCUGGAGACCGGCAAAUCUACCAUCGUUAUUGUAUGGAGCGAGCUGCUGUCCACUGCACACAUGUUUUUAGCACAGUUUCUCAGAUCACAGCUGUAGAAGCUGAACAUCUGUUAAAACGAAAACCUGAUAUUGUGACUCCCAACGGUCUGAAUGUCAAGAAGUUCUCUGCUAUGCAUGAAUUCCAAAACCUCCAUGCCCAGAGCAAAGCUCGUAUUCAGGAAUUUGUCCGGGGCCAUUUCUAUGGGCAUCUGGACUUCAAUCUUGACAAAACUAUUUUCUUCUUCAUCGCUGGACGCUAUGAAUACUCUAACAAAGGAGCUGACAUUUUCUUGGAAGCCCUAGCCAGGCUCAACUACCUGCUGAGGGUGAAUGGAAGCCAGAUUACAGUUGUAGCAUUUUUUAUCAUGCCAGCUAGGACAAACAAUUUCAACGUGGAGACACUGAAAGGCCAGGCCGUCCGCAAGCAGCUCUGGGACACAGCCAAUGCAGUGAAGGAGAAGUUUGGCAAAAAACUGUACGAGUCCCUCCUCGUGGGGAACCUUCCUGACAUGAACAAAAUGUUGGACAAAGAGGAUUUCACAAUGAUGAAGAGAGCCAUCUUUGCCACUCAGCGCCAUUCUUUCCCCCCAAUCUGUACUCACAACAUGCUGGACGAUUCCACCGACCCUAUUCUCAACACCAUUCGGCGCAUUGGUCUCUUUAACAGCAGUGCCGACCGUGUCAAGGUCAUCUUCCAUCCAGAAUUUCUGUCUUCCACUAGUCCUUUGCUUCCAGUUGACUAUGAAGAAUUUGUUAGAGGCUGCCAUUUGGGGGUGUUCCCUUCCUAUUAUGAGCCAUGGGGCUACACUCCAGCUGAAUGCACCGUCAUGGGCAUCCCCAGCAUUUCCACCAACCUCUCUGGCUUUGGCUGCUUUAUGGAGGAACACAUAGCAGAUCCAUCUGCCUACGGGAUCUACAUCUUGGACAGACGUUUCCGGGGCUUGGAUGAGUCGUGCACACAGUUGACCUCUUUCCUCUACAGCUUCUGCCAGCAGUCACGGAGGCAGCGCAUCAUCCAGCGAAACCGCACGGAGAGGCUCUCUGAUCUCUUGGACUGGAAAUAUCUGGGAAGGUAUUACAUGUAUGCCCGGCAUAUGGCCCUUGCAAAGGCGUUCCCUGAUAACUUCACCUACGAGCCACAUGAAACAACUGCGGCUCAGGGCUUCCGCUACCCACGCCCAGCCUCGGUACCUCCGUCUCCUUCCAUCUCCCGCCACUCCAGCCCCCAUCACAGCGAGACCGAAGAGGACGAUGAGCGGUACGAUGAGGAAGAAGAGGCAGAAAAGGACAGGCAGAACAUCAAGCCCCCAGCCAUGAUGGGUCCAGUCCCUGAGUGGCGAAAGCACUCCAAGAAGGGGUCUAGUGAGGCAAGCACGUCCUCCAAUGCUAGUACCCCCACCCUCCCCAGCAGCCCCAGUGACCUCAGCAGCCCCACCAGUUCCCUGAUCGAAGAGAAGAAUUAGGCAGGCAGGAGAGUUGCGCUGACUCGCCUGCCCACUCUUUCCCACGCCUCCCCCUAUCCUCAAGAGUCAGCUUGUUACCUAGUGCUGCAUUCUGAAAUAAGCCUAGAGUGUAGGUCCUAGGGUGUUCCAGACAGAAGUGGUGGGGGCUCAAACUUGACGUAGUUCAGUUAAAAAUCAGUAGAUGGUCUUCUCUGGAUCACGUAACACCAAGGGUGGAAAGGGUCAGGAAGGGACCCUUCAGCUCUCUUGCGGAACACAAGAUGUGUCCUUGUGUUCAGCAGGACUAAGAACGUGAGGUCACGCAUUUCCUCCUCCCAAACACCCUCCAUGUGCUGCUGAUGUUUUGGAAGGCACUCUCUAGAUCUUAAGAACCUUGCUGCAUUUUUUAAAACAGUAAUAAUGGGAGAAAAGGGAAAAUGGGAGGCCUUCAUGGAAGGGACACAGGAAAGGUCUAAGGUUGCCUUCCCUUCCCUACUACCAAAGGUUUCAUUGAGUCAGAAAGAGAACAGACCUUUUAAAGGCUGCUCAUGAAAUGAGCGCAUCUAAAUAUUAUCAUCUUGUUUGGUAACCCUGGAUUGUUGGCAUAGAGGCCCCAUGGGGAUGUAUGGUCAGCAGGGUUUUAGAGUGAUCUGGAGGUCUGUGAAAGUGUAUUGCUUGGAGUUUGGAAAUUUUCUUUAAAAGCCAUGACUCUGCUCUUCUUCAGACAGAGCCCUUUUUUAAGGAAAAGAGGGUCUUUUACAAUAUAUCCAGACUAUCUCAAUUCAUACUUUGGGACUGUUUGCCAGUUUGUUCUGUCUGUUUCUGGAAAGGAAUUUGCAAAGCCAUUUAGAGCAAAGAGCAAAUUCUAAUUAACGGCAGGUCUUCUGAAAUGUGCAGGUGUAGAAAGAUCUGAAAAAGUGCCCAUGGUACAGGAUACAGGAUCUGGCUGGGAAAACGAAGCAGCUUUCCUGCUUGACCUUUUCCAGCCUGUUGUUCUCCAGAUGUGCUGGGCUUCAACUCCCAUCAUCCUCAGCCAACAUGGCCAGGGUUCAGGGAUGGGUAUUGUAGAGUGUCCAAAGGAUCUAAAUGUGCAUUUUUAUGGACUUCUAAGGUGCAAGGGAACCUAGGACCACCUUGCCACAUAAACUGCUCUUACGUGGCUCUAUCAUGGCACAGAGAAAGUAAUUCUUUUUCAACAAACUAAAAAAAGUCAGUGGUCUUCUAGAGCUGCCUUUGGAACUUAAGGAAUUUAUCCCAGUGGACACUCAAGAGCAUUCAAGAAUGAUUCCAAGGGUGGUGGUAUUAUUCACUCUGCACAGACCGUGAUUAAUUUAAGACGACAGCAGGGUCAAGGCAAGCAGAACUACUGCGUGCUUAAAACCUCUGAAACAAGCUAGAUGAGCACCUUCUAACAUGCACUUUGCUUAAGAAAAGAGUAACAGGCUGCUAUGGUAGUGCUAGUCCAACCUUUCCAAGUUGGACGCCCCAGAUGUGCGAGUACAACCUCACCAUCAUCCUAGCUAGGCUUAAUGGGAGUUAUGGUCUAGCACAUCCUGAGUAUAAGCCAGUCGAAAAUCCAUCAGCUCUCCAGCAUCCAUCCUUCAUCUUAAUGCAAGAGAGAAAGAGCUCUGGACUAAAGUGAAGUCCAGUCACAUUGCCCAUCAGGUAAAACCCCGUGCUGUUUGUUAGAAUGGUGAUGCUGGCUAUCGAUGCUCUAGGUUGGUUUAGUUGGUUGCCUCUGAGCUGUUGAACUCUCCCUAUGAUACCCUGUAACAUCUGGGAUGAGGGUUCUGCUAAUGAUGCAGUACAAAGAUGGUGUGAUCCUGCACCAGGGAUGACACAGCAUAUGACCAAAACAGGUGGUAUAGUGCAGACAUGCAGUGAGGAAGUGCUCCUGGCAGCUGUACGUUUAAUUAGCUGGUAUGUGGAUAAUACCCAGUCCAGCAUGAGAGGCGACUACCUCAAAAGGCAGAGCAAAUGCCAACGUACACAAGAACCCCUUCUGUUCUGCAUCUCCUGCCAACUUUAUCAAUAAGGAAAAUCAUUUUUUACCAAAAAAAAAAAAACUUGUUAGCCUCCUCUUCCUCACAAUCCUUUGAUGCAAUCAUGCCUAAGAACCAGGUAUUUGGGGAUGUAGCUCCCCAAAUUCCCAGCCAACUUGGUUCUAAACAUGGGGAGAUAUGGUUCUAGCAUAGCGGAAGUACGCCGGAUUGGGCCAUAAGCCCCUUUUCUCUUUUCUCCAACUUUCCCAACCUCAGAUUUUUAUUUAUGGAUGUUAAAAGAAAUGCUUGAAUUUUUGUGUCUCUUUCUCCCUGCCCCUUGUGUGGAAAAACAAACUAUAAAGAAGAAAGCUGGGUGUAAGACAAACUUAAAUGAUUUCAAAAUAAAAUUUGCUUUGGAAAUUG